GCAAUGCAGUUAGUGUCACAGAGUCAAGGAAUUCUGUUGCCUUGGUGAAUUACAGAGCUUUGUAUCCAUUUGAAGCAAGGAAUCAUGAUGAGAUGAGCUUCAAUACUGGGGAUGUAAUUCAGGUUGAUGAAAAAACUGUGGGAGAACCUGGUUGGCUUUAUGGGAGUUUUCAAGGACAUUUUGGUUGGUUUCCAUGCAAUUAUGUAGAAAAAAUACCAGAAGGAGAAAAAGUUUUAUCUCCUAAGAAAGCCUUACUUCCUCCUGCAGUAUCUUUAUCUACUACCUCAGCUGCUUCAGAACCACUUUCACCAAGUAAAUCUGCAGAAGAAUCUGAUUACCAAAACAUCCCUUUUUCUAGCCUGAACGUUAAUACAGCCUGGCAACAGAAAUCAGCUUUUACUCGCACUGUGUCCCCUGGAUCUGUGUCACCCAUUCAUGGACAGGGACAGCCUGUUGAGAACCUAAAAGCACAAGCACUUUGCUCUUGGACUGCAAAAAAAGAUAACCACUUGAAUUUUUCAAAGAAUGAUAUCAUUACUGUCCUGGAGCAGCAGGAGAACUGGUGGUUCGGGGAGGUACAUGGAGAAAGGGGUUGGUUUCCAAAGUCGUAUGUCAAGCUCUUACCUGGGAGUGAGAUCAAGAAGGAGGAACCAGAAGCUAUUUAUGGAACUGUAAACAAAAGGCCUAAUACACAGUGUUACACAGCAGGAGAGGAGUAUGUUGCACUCUAUUCGUAUUCAAGCUCUGAGCCUGGUGACUUGACUUUCACGGAGGGUGAGGAAAUCCUAGUGACCCAGAAGGAAGGGGAAUGGUGGACUGGGAGCAUUGACAGCAGAACUGGAAUCUUCCCCUCCAAUUAUGUCAGGCCAAAGGAUCCAGAAGCUUCUAGUUAUGCUGGCAAAACUGGAACAAUAAAUAAGAAACCGGAAAUUGCUCAGGUUACUACUGCCUAUACUGCGUCAGGAACUGAACAGCUUAGUCUUGCUCCAGGACAGCUAAUACUUAUUCUGAAGAAAAAUGCCAGUGGAUGGUGGCAAGGAGAGCUGCAGGCAAGAGGGAAAAAGAGACAGAAAGGAUGGUUCCCUGCCAGCCAUGUGAAGUUACUGGGUCCAAGCAGUGAAAGAACCACAUCUGCUGCUCCCUCAGUGUGUCAGGUCAUAGCCAUGUACGAUUACACGGCAAACAAUGAGGAUGAGCUCAGUUUCUCCAAGGGGCAGCUGAUUAAUGUCCUGAACAAAGAUGAUGCUGACUGGUGGCAAGGAGAAAUCAGUGGUGUGACAGGUCUCUUCCCCUCAAACUAUGUGAAGAUGACCACGGAUUCCGAUCCAAGUCAGCAGUGGUGUGCUGAUCUCCAGAGCCUUGACACCAUGCAGCCAAUGGAAAGGAAAAGGCAGGGCUACAUUCAUGAGCUCAUUCAGACGGAAGAAAGGUACAUGGACGAUCUGCAGCUCGUCAUAGAGGUUUUCCAAAAACCAAUGGCUGAUUCAGGCUGUCUCACAGAAGGAGAAAUGGGGCUGAUCUUUGUUAACUGGAAGGAACUCAUCAUGUCAAACACAAAGUUACUGAAAGCCUUGCGGGUGCGGAAGAAAACAGGAGGAGAGAAGAUGCCAGUGCAGAUGAUUGGGGACAUCUUGGCAGCAGAGCUGUCCCACAUGCAGGCCUACAUUCGGUUCUGCAGCUGUCAGCUCAACGGAGCAUCACUGCUGCAGCAGAAAACCGAUGAAGAUGCAGAUUUCAAAGACUACUUAAAGAAACUUGCCUUGGACCCUCGCUGCAAAGGGAUGCCCCUCUCCAGCUUCCUCCUGAAGCCUAUGCAAAGGAUAACACGCUACCCUCUGCUCAUAAAGAGUAUUCUAGAGAACACUCCAGAAAACCACCCUGAUCACAGUAACCUCAGGCUGGCCCUGGAGCGAGCGGAGGAGCUGUGCUCUCAGGUGAACGAGGGGGUGCGCGAGAAGGAGAACUCAGACAGGCUGGAGUGGAUACAGUCCCACGUCCAGUGCGAAGGCCUUGCUGAGCAACCUGUGUUCAACUCCCUCACAAACUGCCUGGGACCACGGAAGCUCCUGCACAGUGGGAAGCUGUACAAGGCCAAGAGCAGUAAGGAGCUGUAUGGAUUCCUUUUCAAUGACUUCCUCCUGCUCACCUACAUGGUUAAACAGUUUGUGUCAUCCAGCUCUGAUAAACUCUUCAGCCCCAAAUCCAAUUCCCAGUUCAAAAUGUACAAAAUGCCUGUUUUCCUUAAUGAAGUCCUCGUGAAACUGCCCACAGACCCCUCAAGUGAUGAGCCAGUUUUCCACAUAUCACACAUUGACAGAGUUUACACACUUAAGACUGACAACAUUAACGAGCGUACUGCCUGGGUCCAGAAAAUCAAAGCAGCGUCGGAGCAGUACAUCGAGACGGAAAAGAAGAAACGUGAAAAGGCUUAUCAAGCUCGCUCACAGAAAAGCUCAGGAAUAGGACGCCUGAUGGUGCACGUGAUUGAAGCAACAGAACUAAAGGCCUGUAAGCCCAAUGGGAAGAGCAACCCAUACUGUGAGAUCAGCAUGGGCUCACAGAGCUACACUACCAGGACCCUGCAGGACACCCUGAACCCCAAGUGGAACUUCAACUGCCAGUUCUUCAUCAAGGAUCUGUAUCAGGAUGUCCUGUGCAUCACCAUGUUUGACAGGGAUCAGUUCUCACCCGAUGAUUUUUUGGGUCGUACUGAAGUUCCAGUAGCAAAAAUCAGAACAGAACAAGAGAGCAAAGGCCCCACAACUAAACACUUACUGCUGCAUGAAGUUCCAACAGGAGAAGUCUGGGUGCGCUUUGACCUGCAGCUCUUUGAUCAGAAAACGCUCUGAGAACGCUUUGGUUUUAAUUUAUGAAGGACAACUGAAGCUGACAGCCUGCAGAUUUUCUGGUUAAAGGUUCCUUGCCGCACGCUGCUUAUUAAGCAAGAGUUCUGCUGCUUCUGUAUUUCCUCUUAGUUGCUGGUUGUGCUUAGUUCCUUGCAGUGUUCCAAGUUGUUGUUGAUCUAUGCAAACACAAAUGUUACUGUAUAUACAGUACUAUAGCUCAGUGCCUUUUUCUUAUGUUGGAAUAUCUUGGGUUUGGAUGCCAAUGUUUCCAUUUUCAGGGCCA